CUUGUUGCUUUAUUUUAAGCAAGGACAUCAACUGUUAAAUUUGGUUACGGCGAUGGUUCAGUUGUAUGUGUUGUAGGUGUUUCGCCCUUUAGAAGCCUCAGAAAAAUUCAGUCUAAAAUAGAAUAAUAUGCAAGAGUUUGCGGGAUGCGUUUCGUUUAAUUGCUCUCGAGCAUUUGCGCAAACGUCUUGCGAUAGUUACUGCAGUUGUGCAUGUUACAUGUCGUGUUCUCACAAAAAGAAUGGGAAACAAUAAUUGCACCUCUGCUCCCGUGCAGGUGGCACCAGGUCUCAGUCAUCAGCAACGGUGAAUUCAGGUUAGUACGACUAACCUGUAAUCUUGGGGAAUAAUCGAUUUUAAAUGUCUACACGGACCAGCCGGGAUACCUGUCCUCCGAAUUAAAACAAUAAAUAAAGGGUUUUACUUAUUUGAAAAGGAGAAGAUUGUCAGUCUGUGCUGUUUUAUGUCGUUAUGAAUUUUCUGACAGUGAGCGCGGUGACCGAAGUCAGCGGGUUCAGUGGCCGGAGCAGUUUACUGCAAUCUAAGUUAACUCCUCGCUUCCCUCUCUUGCAAAAUCGCUUAAUGAACUGAAACGAAGGUUAAUUUUAACACCCCUUCGCCUGGAACUCCCAGCACUGCAGCCAUCGCACGCCCAGUUUGUCAGGGUCACUGGGAGAAGUACGAACCCAGCGACAGGAACUGAUCUGACUGUUGGCAUGUAGUUAAAACAGGUGCUGAUCGGAUCUUUUUCAAAGCUUCGGAACUUGUAAUUAAAGUUUGUUAACAACACGAAGUAUGUCAAUUCAAGACCGAAACAAGAAAAUUCUUAUGGAUUUGGUCCAACAGCCUGGUAACAGCACAUGUGCCGAUUGCGGAGCCCCAAAUCCAGACUGGGCAUCCUGUAGCCUGGGCGUCUUUGUGUGUCUGGACUGUUCUGGCUUCCACCGAAGCCUGACCAGCAUGAACCGCGUCAAGUCCAUACGACUGGAUUUCUGGGAUGAUGAGAUGGUGAAGUUCAUGAAGACCAAUGGGAACGAGGCGGCCAAGAUAUUGUAUGAGAGAGAUGUCCCACCCUUUUACUACCGUCCUCAGCAGAAAGACAGUGUCGUUUUGAGGGAUCAGUGGAUAAAAGCCAAGUACGAGAGGCAGGAAUUCACCGGGGAUAACCGGCACCUCCAGGAAAUUUACUCCUCGGGGUUCUAUGAAGGCAGACUGUGGAAGAAAGCCAAGGACAACGGACAGUUCUUGAAAAGAAAGUUCACUCUUUCUGACUCUGACUUUACCCUGAAGUACUACACCAAAGAUGAUCUACCCAGGGCAAUAAUUUCAAUUAAAAGCCUGAAUGCUACCUUCCAACCUGAGAAGAUCGGACACCCGAACGGACUCCAGAUCAUGUACCUGGACGAGCAGCGAUCCCAAAACCUGUUUGUGUACCAUGACCGCGGCCAGGAGAUCGUAAAUUGGUUCAAUGCCAUUCGAGCUGCCCGAUUUGCCUACUUGAAGACAGCCUUCCCCAUGGCCGACAACAGUGAGCUAAGCCCCAGGAUAACUAGGAAUUACUUGAAAGAGGGAUACAUGGAAAAGACAGGUCCCAUGCAACGAGAAACCUUCAGGAAACGGUGGUUCAUCCUGGAUGGACAGGAAAGAAAGCUGCUCUACUUUAAAACAAAGCUGGAUGCAGUGGAGCUGGGGGCUGUGUUCAUAGGCCCCGAGAACCUCGGUUACUCAGCAGCAAAAAUUGCACCCAGGAGAACCCGGGGUAACCGGUGGAAGUUUGGGGUGACCAUGGAAACACCGGACCGGCAGUUCGUGUUCAUGUGUGAGCACGAGCGGGAGCAGGGCAAGUGGCUGGAGGCGCUGCAGGUCAUCAUCUCCAAGCCCAUGCUGCCGCAGGAUUACGCGACUGAAGCCAACCUGCGACAGAAGAAAUGACUGACGCCACCUUGCAAGAGCGUUGAUUUGCCGGAGAAUGACGUUUCCGGUCUGUCACAGCACUGUCCAGCAGGGGGAGAAUAACGACCGGCAGCUUUCGGUCCAAACACUCUGGCUUCUGCCACCGGCCAUCCUGACUUGGAUUCUGCCUAUUGGACAGAUGUACUUGCCUUCAGUCAUCCUGAAACGGGAUGCUCAAGAGAUGUUAUGGUGGCUUGGUGUCCCGGAAAAUCAGACUGGUUACUGAUUGCCAUUUGUAUUGAAAUGUAUCAUUUAAUAGCAUGCUGCAUUUGACUGCCUUUAUGACUUUAUGUAUAUGUUGUAACCCUUAUUGUUGUCAAAUAAAUUUUAUUUGUUAGUUAUAUAUAAUUGUGUAUAAUUAUGCAAAGUUAAAUGCAAGUUUGAUACACUGAUAAAUAUUUUUCUACUUAAGUUAAUGCUUUCCAAAUAUGCUAUGUUUUGACAAUUAAUUAUGAAGACCUAGAUCAGGGGUGGCCAAUCUUAUCUGCAAAGGGCCAGUGUGUAUGCGGGUUUUCAAUGCAACUUCCUAAUUAUGUCACUAAUUAGAGGACUGAUUAGCUGAAGAGUCCUCACACCAGGGUUUGAACAGCUGACCUACAGGUUAUUCCUGCAUACACACUGGCCCUUUGUGGAUAAGAUUGGACACCCCUGACCUAGUUAGACCAGAAGGGGGUAGAGAUACUGUUAAGGUAGUCAGAACAGAGAAGUGAGGAGUCUUAUCAGAUGGCGGAUGGAUACUGUUUUUUGACCACAUCAAAGCUCAUCUGGCAGAGAACUAUGAAUUGUGACUGAACUGUAUCUAAUCCAUGUUUAGACCCUAUACUCUUUUGUUUCUUUGCAAUUUUACGUUCUCACAUUUGUAUAUAAAAAUCAAUUGAAUGAUCGUUUUUGGGAUUUUGUUGUGACACAUUAAAGAUGCCCCAACUGUGUGAAAACGUAACUGUCA